AUGGCAGGUUCAAGUGUAAUAGACGAUGAAGAAUCAUCUUAUGAUGACUUAACAAAUUUUACUACUGAUAUUACUGAAGAAGUAACAACAAAUUAUCAUGAAACAUCAUUUUUAUCUCCAUUUACAACAAAUAUGAGUUCACCAUUAAGUUUUGAAUCUGUUUAUCGAUCAUAUCAAACAGAUACUCAAUCAUAUGAUAAUACUCCAUUAGAAUCACUUAUUGAUUGUAAUCAAUCUGAUUUAGUAAAUCUUGAUAACUUUUCAUAUGAUAUAAAUACAGAAGACCAGCAAACGAUAAAUGAUAAUUCUGAUGUAGUACCAACAACAGAUUCAAUACUUGCACAAGCACUUCCAGAAUCACUUGCAACACCAUCAGGAUGGUAUAGUGAAUUACUUGAUUCAUUGUUGCCUAUUUCAGAUGAAAUGAAAACAAGUUUAAACAUUAAUAAUAAUAAUAAUAAUAAUAAUGAUCCAAAUUUUAUUGAAGAAAAUCAAGAAUAUCAAACUUUAUAUACAAUGGAUGCUCCUCCUAUAAUUUUCUCUUCGAAUGAGGAAUAUAAUCGAACAGUUAAUGAAAUAUCAUCAUCACCUAUACUUCAAUCAACAAAUAUCAGAACAAACAGUACUAGUGAAUAUAGUAAUCUACCAUUUGACUAUUGUACAAAUGGCGAAGCAAAACUAAAUUUAAUAAAUCCUCAACAAAUUUCAUUAGCAAAUACAAAAGAAAAAGAAGCACCAUCACCACCACCGAUUGUUAUUCGUAAAAAUGAGCCAAAUAAUACUGUUACAUAUAAACAAAAUGUUUCUGUACGUUAUUUACAACCACCUACACCACCACCACAUGGACCGAUUAUUAUUCGUGAAGUUUGUCGACCUUCAUCACCACCAGAACCACCUAUUAAAAUUCGACAAGUACCACCACCUCCGCCCACACCACCACCAUGUGUAAUCCGAACAAGACCUCCUCCACCUCCAGCUCGACUUUCUCCAAAAAUAAUCGAAAAAAUAUUACCACCACCACCUCGUCCACCACGUCGUAUGAUUGUCGAACGUUUUCAAGAAUGUCCACCUAAACCAGCUGAUGUUAUCAUUGAACGUUGGUUACCUUAUAAACGAACUGAUCGACGACAAAUUUUUUAUCAACGAGCACCACAAACUAAUACACAAGCACGAGAACCGAAUAUACUUAUUCUACAUGAAAAACCACAAGCACGUAUUAAAAAGGAAUUUAUUAAUGAAGGAGUUGUUAAAGUCGAUCCUCAAUCUUAUAUUCAACGUUAUGGAGCUGAACUUGAUUCACCACAAGCAAAAUCACAGUUUGCUAGUUUAAUUGGUGAAGCAACUCGUGUUCUACCACCACCUCAACCAACUGUCUCACCAGCUGGUCAACAUAGUCUUCCUCAAUCUCCUACUUCUUAUCCACAUGGAUAUCAAUCAUCUCCAUCUGCUUCUGUUUUAAAUGUUUGGGAUAAAAUAAAAUCAUCCUCGCCUAUAUCUCAUCCAGGAUCAUAUCCUGCUGAUGAAUAUUCAAAAUUUGACUCAUCUUAUCGUUAUUCUCCACAAUUUCCUGAUAGAACGCAAGAAGGAGGCAUGAAAAGCAUGGUCGAUGUAACAUCUUUAUGGAGUCAGCAAUAUAAUUUACCACAGUCUGAUACUCAUCUUUCAUCUUAUCAAUAUUCAUCACCAUCAUCAUCUCUUCCUACGAAAACAAUUCAAGUGAAUUCUGACGAUGAACUUCAACAUGUUCUUUCUGAUUUAACACAUGGUCAGGUACCAACACCAUUUCGUUCAUAUUAG